AUGGAGAACGAUGAUCAAGAAUCAUUCAAUUUAAUUAUUUUCGUAGGAUUUCAAACCUAUCAGCCGGUUGGGAAACUACAUCUGUCUCCAAACUCCGGUAAGAAGACUUAUUUACUGGAGGUAGCUGAAUCGCUUAAGCCGAAGGAUAAGAUGACCUUUGACACAGUGAACAACGCAUUCCUCUUUUAUCAGAAGUAUGCAAUGGCUUCAGGCUUCACUGCCAGGAAGUCUUCUCAAUACACACAUCAUGGUGUUAUAAAAUCUAAAUGGUUCGUUUGCUCAAAGAAGGGGACUAAACCUUUUAAGGCGAUCGAUACAGCUAAAAAGAUUGACACCUCAAAUAAUGGGUCAAAGGGGAAAUCUGUUCGACGUGUUCCUUCUAUAAGGACUGGGUACGAAGCACGUAUGUGUGUAAAGUUAAUGCCUUCGAAUCUAUACGAGGUAUAUUCUUUCAAGGAGGCACAUAAUCAUUUUUUUGUUGCUGAGGAAGAUAGGCAUCUACUCCCCUCUAACCGAGGUAUGAACUAUAUGCAAGAGCAAGCCGUUAACUCGUUGAGUGCCUUGAACAUUGGUCCCGUGAAAGCGUUUAAUAUCAUGAGGACAUUGUACGGUGGGUUUGACAAAGUUGGGGCAACCAAAAACAAUUUUAAAAAUUUCAAGCGAGACCUGAACAGGUAUAUAUCUGAGUUUGAUGCUGAUAUGAUUAAACGGCUUAUGAGGAAGAAAGAGUACAUGCCAAACUUUUCAAUGGAGUAUAUAACAGACGAGAAUGGAGUUUUAAGGGGUUUGUUUUGGGCAGGUGAAGAUGCCAAAAGGAAUUUUUCGGUGUUUGGUGACGUUGUUUCAUUUGAUGCCACAUAUCGUCAUAACAAGUACAACAUAAUGUUUGUUCCAUUUACCGAUAUCGACAAUCACAAUCGCAACGUUACUCUUGGUGCCGCUAUAAUAGGAAACGAAACUGCUGAAACUUACAGUUGGUUGCUAAAUUUGUUUUGUGAAGCAUUUGGUCAUGCCCCUCCGGUGAUUGUCACCAACCAAGACCCAGCCAUGAAGAAGGCUAUCAAAGAUACAUGGCCCGAGAGUAGACAUAGGCUAUGCAUGUGGCACAUCAUGGACAAGCUUUCUGCUAAGGUUGGUGCUACAAUCUGCAAUAAUACAGAUUUCAAAAAGAGGCCGUGUGCCAUUGUGUGGACCAAUUCAAUUCUACGUGUUAAGUUUGAAAGUGAGUGGGCUACCAUAAUGAACGAUUUUAACUUGGUUGAUCAUAAGUGGCUGCAGUCACUUUACCAAAUCAGGGAUACUUGGAUACCGGCUUAUUAUCGUGAGGAGGUCAUGUUCGGGCUUAUGCGUACCUCUUCUCGUUCAGAUAGCGAGAACCAUUUCUUUGGACAGUUCUGUAACCCGGGUUGCACACUUGUCGAAUUUCUCGGGCAUUUUGAUUCUGCUAUUGAAGCUCAGAGACAUGAGCACAGGAAGAAUUACUAUGACACCAGAAAUACAAACGCUGAAAUAUGGGCUGAAGACUUUGUUUUGGAGGAUCAAGCAUCCAGGAUAUACACGCGCACUAUAUUUUUUGACUAG